AUGAGACGCAUUCUGCCACCGCCACCGCCACCGCGCGCACGAGCUGCAAAUCGUGCAAAGCUAAUGAUCCCCCACAUACUAGGCUCUAAAACUCUUGCAAGGAAAAGGAAUGAGUUGGAGUUGUUACAUGGCCGGGAAUUUAGUAGAGCAAAAAUGUAUCAAGUUUCUCACAAAAAGCCAGAUGGAAAUUUUGUUAAUGAAAAGGAUAGAGAGUUACAUGAAAAGUUGCAAAAUGAAAUGCAAAAUUGUUCUGAAAAUGUAGCUUUUGAGAGAGUUUGUGGGAAAGAACAUCCUGGCUAUGUACGUGGUAUGGGACUUGGAGUUAGGCCAUCUCAAAUCAUUGGAUCUUCUUCUCAUGCAACAUCAUCAACUACUUCCUUUCAGUCUAAUGAAAAGAUGGAACAAAUGCAAGCUGAAAUUGACUCACUCAAGGCACAAGUUGCAGAAGUCGAUGUCUUAAAGGAGCAGAUCGCAUUUCUUAUGCAACGUGUUAAGGGAAAUGAGGCACCUGACUUGGAAUCACCCGUAAAUGGAAAGCCUUCCUCUAAAGGGAGUCAUAUGCCUGAAGCCCAUGACUCAGAUUCCCCUACCACUGUUUAG